AUGGUAAAAGUAUAUGCUUCAUGGGGCAGUGGACUCACGUGGGUGGCAAUUUGGCCCACGGUUUUGAUCAAAAUGUUAGCCGGUCAUUUGGAGGGUGGAUUUGGACCUGUUUUCAAGGGUAGACUGGAAGACGGACAAGAAAUAGCUGUUAAGCGGCUCUCAAAAUAUUCCAGACAAGGAGUCGAUGAGUUCAAAACUGAAGUCAGCUGUAUUGCUAAACUUCAGCACCGAAAUCUCGUGAAGCUUCUAGGAUGCUGCAUUCAAGAAGAAGAAAAGAUGUUAAUCUACGAAUUCAUGCCUAACAAAAGCCUGGACUUCUUUAUCUUUGAUGAAAGCAGGAAAACCUUACUGGACUGGCCCAUGCGCUUCCACAUUAUUAUUGGAAUUGCCCGUGGGCUUCUUUAUCUCCAUCAAGAUUCCAGAUUGAGAAUCAUUCAUAGAGACCUCAAAGCUAGCAAUAUUUUGCUAGAUAUUGAAAUGAACCCAAAAAUAUCAGAUUUUGGCAUGGCUAGAAUUUUUGGAGGAAAUGAGAUAGAAGGAAAUACGAAGAAAGUGGUUGGAACAUAUGGCUACAUGUCUCCAGAAUACGUGGUGAAUGGGCUUUUCUCUAUAAAAUCAGACGUUUUUAGUUUUGGUGUUCUGGUGUUGGAGAUUGUGAGUGGAAAGAGAAACAGAGGUUUCUUUCAUCCUGAUCACCACCUCAACCUCCUUGGACAUGCGUGGAGACUAUAUAAAGAAGACAGGUCAAUGGAACUGAUUGAUGAGGCUGCAAGGGACAAGUGCUGUCUAUCUGAAGCGUUGCAAUCAAUCCAUGUGGGUCUAUUAUGUGUGCAACAACAUCCGAAAGAUAGGCCUACUAUGUCAUCGGUGGUUUUGAUGUUGGGAAGUGAGGAUGCAUUGCCCUUGCCCAAACAGCCUGGCUUUUUUACUGAAAGGAAUCUACCUGAAGCAGUUAGUUCAUCGAGCAAGACUGCACCUAGUUCAGUCAAUGAUUACACCAUUACAAUAAUAGAUCCUCGAUAAUGUAUUUAUAUAUAUACACAUUAUUUUAUUGUUUAUGGGCACUUUUUUGAAUUAAAUUCGGGUGUUAAUUGAAUUAAAUUCAUUUUUGCUAUUUAUGGGCUCUUUUUUUUUUUAAA